GGUGGUAAGCAAGAGAGGAAGAGAAAAUAUCCGCGUUUAGCCCCAAAAUUCGAGUUUUCCCUCGCGAGUGAUACGACGUUCGAUGUGAUCCAAGUGUCCAUGCGAUCCUCAGCAGUGACCUGAGAUUGCAUGUAGCAUUCUUUGGAUUAUCCCUCGUUUAGUGCACCAACCAGAAGCUGAAAAAGACCGCAAUGUGUCCCAUAUCAACAAAGCAGACAAAGGCACCCAAGGAGAAAAGGAGGAAUUCUGAACGACGCAAGGAAAAAUCGAGGGAUGCUGCAAGAUGCCGCCGUGGACGAGAGACGGAAAUCUUCACCUCCCUGGCGCAGGCCCUGCCGCUGGCCCCUGGAAGCUGCAACACCCUGGACAAAGCCUCAGUGAUGCGCCUCACCAUCUCCUAUCUCAAAGCACGGAGAGUGGCCGAACUUGUUCCAACCAGAAGUCUGGCAGUCACUGGUGGAGCAGAUGGUGAAUUUCUGCAAGCACUGCAAGGCUUCUUGCUCGUGGUUUCGUCGGACGGUGACAUGGUUUUCCUUUCGGAGAAUGUUAGUCAACACUUAGGAUUAUCCCAAAUGGAUCUGAUGGGGAACAGCAUUUUCGAAUUCAGCCAUCCAUGCGACCACGACGAACUGCGAGAAGUGUUGGGGCUCGCCAAGAGCGGGAACAAGGCCAGCUCCAAAUCAGUGGCGCCAAAAGAGUCACUGCUGCCCCAGUCGUUUUUCCUGCGAAUGAAGUGCACCCUCACUACCAAAGGCAGAAACGUUAACCUGAAAUCUGCCUCUUACAAAGUCAUUCACUGCACCGGACACGUACUCCGCAAACCAAGGAUUAAAGAGGAGGUGGACGAUGGCCACAGUUCGAGCAGUAAUAAGAAGCGCGAGAGCUCUGCCAAAGAUGACCCAUUGCAGAGGUGCUUGGUUGCAAUUGGAGAACCGAUUCCUCACCCAGCCAACAUUGAAAUCCCGUUGGACAAACAAACCUUCCUCAGCAAACACUCUCUCGACAUGAAGUUUACUUACGCUGAUGACAAUAUUGGGGAGUUCCUCGGCUACGACCCUGAUGACCUGAUCGACCGAUCUUUCUUUGAGUUCCAUCAUGCUCUGGACCACGAGAUCAUCCACAAGGGCUUCAAAAAUUUGUUCGCCAAGGGCCAGAGCGAAAUCGGUCGCUACCGCUUCCUGGCACAGGGCGGCGGCUAUGUGUGGGUGCUCACGCAGGCCACCCUUCUGCACGGCGGCAAGGCGCAGCAGCCCAUCAGCGUCGUGUGCGUCAAUUUCGUCAUAAGCGGAGUCGAGGCUGGUGAUGAGGUGUGCUCCGUCAACCAGUUGACCAGCGUGAAGGACGACGAGCCACCCCCGCUGCUGCCCCCGACCGCCCCCGUUGAGAGUAAACCCCAGCAAAAGCCGCCGCCGCCGCAGCAGCAGCAGCCGCCGUCGCCGGCGAGGUCCUUGGCCGCGUCGCCGUCGCUCCUGCCCUACCCACUGCCGCAAGCGGCCACCUCCAAAAUCUUCAUGCCGCGCACAGAGGACAUGAGCAAGGGAUUCCUAACCUUCUCAGAUGACGAACCUGGCCUCACAUUGCUCAAAGAGGAGCCGGAGGACCUCACUCAUCUGGCUCCGAUGGCCGGUGACGUGGACAUCCCCCUGGACGGUCCAGCGUUCCUCGAGGAUGACGUCUUCAACGAGUUCAUGAUGGCCAACUACUGUCCGCUCGACUUGCAGUCGUCCGAGGACGAAAUUGACUCGGCUUCGGGGUCCAACUGCAGUCCGCACGACCCCUUCCUGACGUACCGCUCCGACAACAGCAACCAGUCGUCACCGGACCCCAAACUCAAUUCGCCGGUGCAGAGUUCUGAUCGAGACAGUUUGCCGUCGCUGUGCAGUCCCGACUCCAAAGACUCGGCAAAGCUGAUAGACGAGGAUGACGAGCUGACCUUCCGCGCGCCCUAUAUUCCAAUGAGCCCGGGAGACACGGAACUUCCAUUCCUCAUCUCACCAGACCCGAUUUGGUGCGCGCUCUCGCCGUCGGACAGGCCGCCAGACACUCCCAAGUCGAUGCAACUGUCGCCAGUCCCAUCCGACAGCAGUUCCAAGAGCUGCUGGAGCUCGCAAGACAGCCCGCCGAGUCUCAACUCGAAUCUAGCCCAGUUGCUGCUCGGCGAGGCAGCAAAGCCCGAAUCGCCCACGCCAAUGCUCCACGAGGAGGAUAAACUUCCCACCACCAUCAUGACUCAGUUGCUGCAAAAAGUGAAAAUUCCCAAUCAGGGAGGCCGGAUAGCAGGCUCCCCGCAGAAAUCAAAACGGCAAGCACAAGAUUUCCUUCUGGCCGAGGAGCCGAAGAGGGCCAAGCAUUCUUCAGAGCUGCUGCAGCGCCUGAUCGCUCCGAAAAAUGUCGACUGGGCGGAUGAGGGCAUCAAAAGCAAGAGCAACAACAGUGUCCUGAUGAAUCUGCUGGACGACCAGCCGCCCCCUCUGGAAGAAGUUGCAUACGUGGAGGGCGGCAAGAUGGGUCUGCCGAUCGGAGUGCCGCCUCCGGUCGUUGCCCGCGCCUCUCCUGACCUGAUGCUGUCGGACGUGGAGGCGGUGCUUCGCUACCUGAACUCUGAAUAGCCCCCGUGCACGCAGCAUGGCGACGGGGCUGAGUAGUUGCGGGGUCAAUGGGGGCCGCCGGGGGGCCUGCUCGAGUACGGUGGCCGUCGCACCUGGGAUCUACACUCUCGCCUGAAAGGGGCAGACCGAUCACGGCAGGCCCACCCACACGCCUCCGACACCCUUCUAGCUCAGAAUCUCGCGCGCGCAUUUCAUUUUGCAAUUUCAAACAAGUACGGUGUGUUGAAAUCGCCAUGCUGCACCCCCUCUGCCCUUUAUUGUUCACUCUUUUCUGUGUACCCCAACCCCGUUUUUAAUUUUGACGGUUUUGAGCAUGCUUUUCUCUUUUUGGGUUGGAAUCAAACCGAUUUUUCUGCACCCUCCCGACGUGUUGAUUGCGUUGGGAAGGAUUAUUAUCGUCGUAUAUAUAUACAUUAAUAUUCGCGUACACGUGCUUUUUUUCUCUUGUUUUCGGCCAGAAAAACAAUUUAUUUCUCCCCGCAGCGGUGCAACAUUUGCACGGAGCAGGAGUUUUCGGUGGUUUUACUUUCCUUUGUGUUUCUUAUCGAUGGUUCAAACAAUUAGUUAGCUUUUAAAUCAGUGUUUUCUCUGAGGAAAUGUUCAAAUAAUAUGUUUCUGGCUCUUUGGAAUAUAUCUAGUGUCAAAAUGUAGUGCACUUUGGAUAGAAAAGUGUCUAGUGCACGUCGCAUUGUGUCAAGUGGUCAAAACAAAAUGAAUAACAAUGAUUAUUUACUGCCAGGAGGGUGCACUAAUUCGCAUAUACACAAGGAAAAUAUAGUUGAUCUAUAUUCUAUACCUUUAUCGAGUGGUGAACACGCAGGUAACAAAACGGAUUAGUGCUCAUAUUUGUAUUAAAGGUAGAAAGAGGAAAACUAAAAAUAGUAACCCCUAUGUAGCAAACUUAAAAUUAGCGUUACUUUCUGUUUAAAACAAAAACUAACCUUUUCUUGCAAAUUUAGAGAUAUACGUUAUUAAUUAACUUUUUGGUACAAUAAUCACUGGACGCUGAGGUAGCUCUUGGUAAUGAUUGAAAAGAAGUACAACACAUAUUAGUAGCUGUAGCAUCGUCUUCUUUUCAUUGACCUUUCAAUGGCGGAGGCACGAGCGAUUUUGCGGAAGCUGGGACCGUCUCGGAUCAGAGACGGUGUUGAGUGGGUUCUUAAAGUGUGAUCACCUAGGUGUAAUCGAAUUGGCUAUAGAUUAUCUUUGAGCUUUUUUACAAAGCACCCUAAAUUCGCGAGCAAAUAUAUUUUUAACGCUGCAAAUGCCAGUUUUUGCUUUCAUCCCCUUUGUGAGGAUUAGAGAACAAGGUUUUCUUUUCUUUUCAUUGCCAUUAAACUUUCACGCGCUCAUGUCGGAGUUAAAAUAAAUGAAUCCGAAUUUCGAACGUCUCUAGAAAUUCCGCUUUUCCAGGAAUCAGUGAAUCGAAUAGCCGGUCUGCUGGCUUGACCUAAAAUCGUACACAUUGAAACGAAUCUGUUGUGUAACUCAUUCAUGAUUCGCUCGUUUUGUAAUUAGUCGUAAGAGAAGGAAAUAUAUAUUGUUAAGAAGCAACACACACACACACGUAAAAUAGUAAUGUUUUCAUUUUGUUGCAAAUUCCUCGGAUCACACACAGAGGUUAAAUGAUAUUUUACUAGACAAAAUCUCGAGGGAAAUGCAGCAGAUUGAAAUUGUAACUUCUUCUUAUUGCACAACCCCUGUGCAUUUUUAUUUUUCUGCGAAAAAUAUGCUAUUUAGUGGGAGCAAUUAUUACAGUCUUUGGAAAAUUGUGUCUUCUUUGUUUAUGGUAAUCUAAAACUGUGAAACAAAAAAAUUGCAAAAGUAGCCGUCUCUAUUUCAAAUUUGAUUCUAACCCGCGAUUAAUUUUUAUCAAUUUAACGCUACCUUCGGUUUGUGUGGUGUUCCAAUUAUGCCUAUAAUAGCUCUUCAUCUGUAAUGUCGUUAUCAAUACCCUAAUUUUUAUCCUGUAAACGCUAUGGUUUAUUCAAAUAAAGGAUACUGUUGCAAAA